AUGAUUUGCCUAGGGGUUUUGGUGGAGGAGAGGGUCAGGGUUUAUGGGUUGGAUUGUUUUUUGGUUAUGGUUUGUGUUUUUGGGUUUGUUACAGCCAGUGGUGGGGUUAAGGCCAUUGAGAGAGCGUGCUCAGUCGUGGAGCGACGAGCUGGAAAGUCAGUUCAGUUAGAUUGCCAAUGGUUAUUUAUUAGAAAAGAUGAAAACGAUUUGGGUCCAUUUUCUAUGUGGAACAUAACGGGAACUUACCGAGGGUCUUGGAAAUUUCUCGAUUCUACAAAUAGCUCUUCCAGGUUCCCGGAUUUCAGGAAACCCAAUGGUGAUUCUGUCAUUGAAUUAGUCAGCUCACCAACAAAGAUAAAUGGUGUGCAUUAUGUCCAGGGUGUAAUAAUUUUCCAUGACGUGUUUGACAAUGAACACAAUGUUGGUGGUGCUCAAAUAAGGGUAGAAGGUGUAUAUAUAUGGCCUUUUAGACAACUUCGAUUGGUAGCUAACAGUGGUAAAGAGGGAGAAUUGGGCCAGGAAGAAGAUUAUAUGUUAUCUAAUCCAUAUCAUUUGCUUGGAGUAUUUUCAUCUCAGGUGUUCCAAGAUUCUCCUCGAGAUAAAAUAUGGAGAAGGAAAAAUUCGCCAAUUUAUGAGAUGGAGAAGCAUUGUAAUAUUGAAAUCGCAGCCCAAAUUACUCGCUUGUCAUCUGUUCAAGGUGAUGGAGAUCAUGAUCGUUUCCAUAUUGAAGGAUUAAUGGAGAGUCCUGCUGCAGACGAUGAAGGGGAUUGCUUCUCACCGUUACUACUAAAUGCUACUUCUGUCAACAUUGAAGUCUACUAUAACAAAGCCGUGAACUAUACCUUGAUGGUCACCUUUGUCUCAUUCCUUCAAGUUCUUUUGUUGAUUCGGCAAAUGGAACAUAGUAACACUCAAUCAGGGGCUGCCAAAGUUUCAAUUUUAAUGAUUGGGCAGCAAGCCAUCAUGGAUGCUUAUCUUUGCCUUUUACACCUAACUGCAGGAAUACUAGUUGAAUCCUUGUUUAAUGCUUUUGCAACUGCUGCAUUUUUCAAGUUUGUAGUCUUCUCAAUUUUUGAGAUGAGAUAUCUUCUUGCUAUUUGGAAGGCAAGCAGGCCUAUGAACAGUGGUGAAGGUUGGGAGACAAUGAGGCGUGAGCUAUCAGUACUAUAUAGUCGAUUCUAUGGGAUCCUGUUGGGAGGCAUUCUAUUUAUGUACGAGUUCCAUAAUUAUCUUCGACCCAUUCUUCUCUUGAUGUACUCCUUUUGGAUACCUCAAAUAAUUACCAAUGUCAUUCGUGACUCAAGAAAACCUUUGCAUCCCCAUUACAUCUUAGGCAUGACUGUUACUCGUCUAGCAAUCCCAUUGUAUAUAUUUGGAUGCCCUAACAACUUUAUGCGCAUUGAGCCUAACAAGACUUGGUGUAUAUGUUUGGGUGUAUUCAUUGGACUGCAAGCAUCAAUUCUUCUUCUUCAACACUAUCUUGGGUCUCGGUGGUUCAUUCCUCGCCAGAUCCUACCUGAGAAAUAUUGCUACUAUAGAAGAUUUGAUCAGGAAUCAAAUCAUGUUACAGACUGUGUCAUUUGCAUGACUGCAAUUGAGCUCAUGCAGCGUUCUAAUGAUUGCAUGGUAACUCCAUGUGAUCAUUUCUUCCAUUCCGGUUGUCUACAAAGGUGGAUGGAUAUCAAGAUGGAAUGUCCAACUUGCCGACGUCCGCUGCCACCAGCCUAG